UUCAGCGCAAUCCUGACGUAUGUUCUAUAACUUUUGAAUGAUUUUUUAAAAUGAACAUUUAAUUGACCCAGCAGGUAGCGUAUCCUUUUGGUAAUGUAAUUGUGUUAGGACAUGGGCGGGACGUAAAUACGUGGCGUUGUGUGCACUGGUUGGAACGAGAAAUAGCGUAAUGGGUCCAGUGACGGGGAUCGAUCCUAGACGAGCGCUUUACCACUGGGAUACGUCCCGCCCCGUCAUAAUCUAAAUUUGAUGUCGUGGCCUCGCUAGACGUACCUGAAUAACACCUGACCGAUUAUAUGUCUUUUGUUUGUUUUCUGUUUUAGACAAGUACAAUGACACAAGAGGAAAACACGUUAAAGUCCGGUGCACGAUCUUCCGCCUUGAAGGAAGCCAUCAACCGUCUUUCCGUAAGUCUGUACCGCCACCUGGCGAAGGCAAACAAAGAUGUGGUUGUGUCCCCUUACUUCGUUUCGGCAGCAGUGGCGAUGGUGUACUUGGGAGCGAGGUCGAAGACGGCCACGCAGAUCGAGGAAGCGAUGAACUGGUCGGCCCUAUGUGACCAUCUCACAGAGACGUUUUCGCACUCCUUGGACUCGCUGACACAAAAGGAGACGAAGGACAGCCUCAAGGCAGCAACUCGGAUGUUCAUCGCCAAUGGGUUCACGAUACUGAACGAGUAUCUGGAGAUGACGGAGAGGCAUCUGAAGGCAGCAACGGAGCACGUGGACUUCGAGGGUGGCUGCGAGAAAGGGCGGAAGCGGAUCAACGCCUGGCUGGAGGACGAGACGUCUGGAGCUGUGAAGGAGAUGCUUCCGCCCGGCAGCGUCGGAGACUUCACCAAACUGCUGCUCGUCAACUGCGUCUGCUUCAGCGGCAGGUGGAACUACCCCUUCAACAAGAGCGACACGCAGACGGACACGUUCAAGACUCUGGAAGGGGAGAAAGUCCAGGUGUCCAUGAUGAACAUGUGCAAACUCUUCCCGUACGUCGCGCUCACCGAUCUCAAGUGUCGUCUGGUCGAACUUCCGUACGUCAACCGACACCUUAGCAUGUUCCUCUUCCUGCCCGUGCAGGCUUCGUGCCUGCGCGACCUGGAGGCGGGGCUUCUUAUGGGCGAACAGACACUGCAGCACUUGCUGGACGCCGUCAAACCGACUCUCGUGCACGUCAGUCUGCCCAAGUUCCGUAUGACGUCACAGUACGACAUGCGUGACGUGCUGGCAUCUGUCGGGAUGACGUACGCGUUCAAAGACGCCGCGGACCUGUCCGGCAUCACGGGAAAUGCGGGUCUCCACAUAUCACAGUUCGUGCACCACACGGUUCUCGGGGUGGACGAGGAAGGCAAUGAAGAGAACGACGGCUCGGUGAGAAACUGUGGGCCGAGUCCCUUUCGUUCAAAACUCGUCUACUUCAUUGUGAACCACCCGUUUAUCUUCGUUGUGCGGGACAACCGGACUGGAGUUAUCUUAUUCAUAGGGAAGGUGCUGAAGCCAGUGCAAAGUUAACAUCUUCUUACGUCGGUUUUCCGGGCACAAACCCUGACCUGCAUUUAUGAAGUCAUUAAUCCAGAGACAACACACAAACACAGGGUCAUAUUUAUGAGACAAUUAAAAACAUUUACAGAAGAUUCAAUCUUGUCGGUUUGAGGGCACAAACCCAGGCCUAUAGGUGCUUAUGAAAUACUGAAAUGUAGACAAUGUGCUUAUGAAAUACUGAAAUCUAGAGAAUGUGCUUAUGAAAUAAUGAAAUCUAGAGACUGUCCUCAUGAAGCAAUAAUAUCUAGAGACGAGACACAAACUUAUACAAUUAGUGCUUAUGAAUUGGUGAAAUCUAGAGAUGAUACACAAACGGUGUUUUGCC